UUUAUGUCGGGAAGGGAGAGAGAUGUGUUUUAUUAUUUUAGCUCACACACAAUGAGGGAUGUUCUUUCCGUCUGACUCAAUUCUCCUGUCGAAGCCACAAGGGUCAUGGCAGAGAAAGCAGGUUCAAGGGUUGACUCAUCCCCCCCUGAGCCUACGGAGAUCCUUCGAGCCAAGGCUCGAUGCAGGAGGGUGAAGGUCAACGUUGGAGGUCUUACACAUGAAGUGUUGUGGAGAACCUUGGAUAGGCUCCCCAGAACCAGGCUGGGCAAGCUGCGAGACUGCAACACCAACGAGUCUCUGCUGGAGAUCUGCGAUGACUAUAAUCUGAGUGACCCCGAGUUCUUUUUUGACCGGCACCCAGGGGCCUUCACCUCCAUCCUGAACUUCUACAGGACGGGCAAGCUGCACAUGAUGGAGGAGAUGUGUGCACUGUCUUUUGGCCAGGAGCUCGACUACUGGGGCAUCGACGAAAUCUACCUUGAAUCCUGCUGCCAGGCACGCUACCACCAGAAGAAGGAGCAGAUGAACGAGGAGUUACGCAGAGAGGCAGAGACCCUCAGGGAGAAGGACGGGGAUGAGUUUGAAAACACCUGCUGUGCUGAUAAGAGGAAGAAGCUCUGGGACCUCCUGGAGAAGCCAAACUCCUCUGUGGCAGCUAAGAUCUUAGCCAUUGUGUCCAUCUUGUUCAUUGUGCUGUCUACCAUUGCGCUGUCCCUGAACACCCUGCCGGAACUUCAGAAGCACGAUGAGUUUGGGCACCCCACCGACAACCCGAAGCUGGCGCACGUUGAGGCCGUCUGCAUUGCCUGGUUCACCAUGGAGUACGCCCUGCGCUUUCUGUCCUCGCCCAACAAGUGGAAGUUUUUCAAAGGUCCUCUGAACAUCAUUGACCUGCUGGCCAUCCUGCCCUACUACAUCACUAUCUUCCUGACAGAGUCCAACAAGAGCGUACUGCAGUUCCAGAACGUGCGGCGAGUCGUACAGAUCUUCCGCAUUAUGCGCAUCCUCCGCAUCCUAAAGCUGGCACGCCACUCCACAGGCCUCCAGUCGCUGGGCUUCACGCUGCGGCGCAGCUACAACGAACUCGGUCUGCUUAUCCUCUUCCUUGCCAUGGGUAUCAUGAUCUUCUCCAGCCUUGUCUUCUUUGCAGAGAAGGAUGAAGAUGCCACAAAAUUUACCAGUAUUCCCGCUUCCUUUUGGUGGGCAACAAUUACCAUGACAACUGUAGGCUAUGGAGACAUCUACCCACAAACACUCCUUGGCAAAAUAGUCGGUGGACUGUGCUGCAUUGCGGGUGUGCUAGUCAUCGCCCUGCCUAUUCCCAUCAUUGUGAAUAACUUCUCCGAGUUCUACAAGGAGCAGAAGCGACAGGAGAAAGCCGUCAAGAGGCGAGAAGCUCUAGAACGAGCCAAAAGGAAUGGAAGUAUUGUCUCCAUGAACAUGAAGGACACUUUUGCUCGUAGUUCAGAGUUAGCAGACGUGACGAUAGAUAAAGGUGAGGAGAACCGUUCCUUGGACAACCAUCUGUCGCCGAACAGGUGGCAAGGUUCAAAGCGCAUCAUGCCCAAUACCAGUCCCAGGACUUCGGAUGUCAAGUUCCAAGCAGCUUCUCAGCUGGACUCACAGGAGCAUCUCUGCAGUCCAACGUCGAGUCUUCAGCACCUGAACGCGUUGAACCUGGAGGACAUGUACAGUCAGAAGACUCAGUCCUCAGCCUUGUCAGAGGUACCAAAGCACAGCAAGAUGCUGGAGAAGAGUGCAGCUGCAGCUGAGUUCGAUCCUGUAACAGGGCGCCCUGUCACUGAUGGCAGAAGUACAUCCAGUGCUGAUAGUUUCACGAGUUGCUCCACUGACUUUGCUGAGGACGAGAAGGUUCUAGGUAGCCAUGGCCAGAUGAGACAUGCCAAGGCUCCACCCUCUUUAGACCUCAGAAGGAUCUCAAACAUUGACUGUGAUGAGGCCCCAUGGAAUGGCUUGUAUGAGCUAGAGCCCCUUCACCCUGGGGACACUAAGCUUUCUGCUCCAGGUGACAAUCACAAUUUGAACCAUGUUUCUGAAACCAUCAGAAGUUCACUGAGAGGAAACCACCCAUUGAACAAAAGUAUGAAGGUUAAUUUCAGCGAGAGUCCAGAUGAGGACAAGGACGUCUCGUUCAGAAGAGCUAGUCCUCCUUUACAGCUUGCUGGAUCGUCACACUUUGAUGAUGGCGGUUCUCACUGCUCAUCUCCCUGUUAUGGCAACUCUUCCAAACCUUGUGGGAGCAUUUUCACCUCGCCAUCAGAGCUGAGCAAGAGGUCAGGCCUUGGUUCGCAUUUUGAAAUGGUUUCCCUCAACGAGGACCACCAGGAGAAGAACCACAUGACCGAAACAGCCUCCUGCAGCCCCUGCUCACCUAAAGUGACCACACAGAACUGUUCCCAGGGGGUGAUGAAUGUUAAUGUGGCCGACGGACAUCGCGGUGGACCUCCAAGGGAGAACCAUGUGUUUGCAUCAAAGAUCCACAGCAGACCAGGUGACAGCAGCUUCUUGCCUCCACCAUGA